CCUACUACCUAUCCCGCCCACCCCGAUGAAUUCCACCUGCGGUUCUUUAACUUAUGCAACAGAGACGCUGCCCCUGGGAGGCGCGGGAAAGAAAGGGUUAACUGGAGAGUGGGGCGCUGGUCGGGAUCUGGGUGCCAGUGCCCCCCUGCCCACCACUGGGCGGCUGGGCUUCAUCAUCAGGCCUCCUCACCAACUCCUGUCCCUUCUUUCGUGUCCUGGACUCCGGAUACCUCGAUUUUCAGUACUUUGUGCUCCACCCAGACUCAGAACCAUGGCCGUCUCAUCUUCUUCCUGGGAACUGCCCCUGGUGGCUGUGUGCCAGGUAACAUCCACCCCAGACAAGGAGCAGAACUUUAAAACGUGUGCUGAGCUGAUUCGGGAGGCUGCCAGACUGGGCGCUUGCCUGGCUUUCCUGCCUGAGGCAUUUGACUUCAUCGCACGGGACCCUGCAGAGACACGACGCCUGUCUGAGCCACUGGGUGGGAACCUUUUGGAAGAAUAUACCCAGCUUGCCAGGGAAUGUGGACUCUGGCUGUCCUUGGGUGGUUUCCAUGAGCGUGGCCAGGACUGGGAGCAGACUCAGAAAAUCUACAACUGUCAUGUGAUUCUGAACAACAUGGGGUCAGUAGUGGCCACCUACAGGAAGACGCAUCUGUGUGAUGUAGAGAUUCCAGGACAGGGGCCUAUGCGUGAAAGCAACUCUACCAUACCUGGGCCCAGUCUUGAGUCUCCUAUCAGCACACCAGCAGGCAAGAUUGGUCUAGCUGUCUGCUAUGACAUGCGGUUCCCUGAACUCUCUCUGGCAUUGGUUCAGGCUGGAGCAGAAAUACUUACCUACCCUUCGGCUUUUGGAUCUGUCACAGGCCCAGCCCAUUGGGAGGUAAGAGAAUACUUCUUCAGAACCUAAGGGCCUUUUCUUACUUCAUUCUCCUUCCUUGGUUCUACCAGUUAAAAGAUUUUCUCCUUCCCACAUACUGGGAAAAUUCAUUUCCCCAGAUUGUUGCCUCUCAGAGUAGUAAAUCAUUCACAGGGCAAUUAUCAGAAUGGUCACAAUGGGUAGACUGGGCUGUAUUGUCCAUGGCUUACCACUUCCCUACCAGCUGCUACAUGU